AUGAUGAGACGGAGUGCGUUGGUGGUGUUGGGCUUGCUGGUCGGUUCGGCCUACAGCAGCUGCCUCGGCGGAGGCUGUGGGGGAGGAUCCUCUGGUGGCAUCAGUCGUUCCUACGGAGGACCCACUAAUAGCUUCGGAGGUUCUGGAGGAGGAGGCGGGUCCUUCGGAGGAGGAUCCUUCGGGGGAGGAUCCUUUGGAGGAGGUUCUGGAGGAGGAGGCGGGUCCUUCGGAGGAGGAUCCUUCAGGGGAGGAUCUUUUGGAGGAGGUUCUGGAGGUGGCGGUGGAGGAGGAAUAAGUACCAGUUAUGGAGGACCAACCAAUAACUUCGGUGGAGGAGGAGGGGGCGGUGGGUCCUUUGGGGGAGGUGGAUCCUUCGGAGGAGGAUCUUUCGGAGGUGGUGGCGGAUCCUUCGGUGGCGGGUCCUCUGGAGGAGUAAGUACAAGUUACAGCGGACCAAGUACUAGCUUCGGAGGAGGUGGCCGUGGAUCUGUCGGAGGGGGCAGAGGAUCCUUCGGAGGAGGAUCGUUCGGCGGAGGCGGCGGUCGUUUCGGUGGCGGAGGAGGAUCGUUCGGCGGAGGUGGCGGUCGCUUCGGUGGUGGAGGAGGAUCCAUUGGCGGGGGAGUGAGCAACACUUACAAUGGCCCAAGCAAUAACUUCGGAGGCUCUGGCGGAGGCGGUGGAGGAGGCAUAUUUGUCACUAACUGGCAUUGA